AUGAGACAGCAUACAGGUCAAAGUGCAGCCCACCUUUGCGCCUCCAUCGGUAAGUUGGGGAAGACGAGUCAGUGGGCGGCGGCUUUGGCUUCCUUCCGAGACGGCAUUCAGGCGAACAUCGAAGCGGACCUUAUAUUGCACAAUGUGAUAAUUAACGCGUGCGGGAAGGGCAGGCAGUGGCAGCAGGCGUUGAUGUUUCUGGUCGAGUUGGGAAGAAUGAGGUUGGAGCCAGAUGGUUGGGAACUAGAACGCAGACGGAUCAGGACUACGGAUUUAUCAGAGGACGAAAACGAGAAGGAGCAAUUCUCACGAUGGCUAUAG